CAUUGUUGCUUAGGAGAAACAAAAUCAAGAAAAUCUGACUGCAAUUGGCAAUGCAAUAAAUAGGAUAUCCUGUUAUAGACAGUCUUCACUUUUGAACACUGUUACUGUUAGCACCAUUUUCAAAGAAUGGCUAACUAGUCAACAAGCAAAAUGCAAAGCAUUAGACACAGUUUUAGUAACACAGUUACUCUACCAUAGUACUGCUAAAUGACCCCAUGAACAGCCACUGGGUUCUAGUCACCAAAUUGGCUCUUCUGGUUGGCUCCCUGUCUAAUCCUUUCUGACAAUACUUAGCUGUUCUUUUUCAUCUUUUGAUAAAUUCCAAAUAUUUGAUAGUGUUGUUUUUGUGUAGACUGUUUGACAAACCCUUAGUUUUUUUUUUCAUUUAUAGAGACAAAAGCUUUGAUCUUUUUCCAUUGUAGGAGAGAUGGGGUGUGGGUUGUCGAAGCAAAAUGAGGAAGAUGGUGUGGUGUUGUUGUGUAGAGAGAGGAAAAAAUUGCUGAAAUUAGCUGUGGAGAAAAGGUAUGGUUUUGCAGAUGCUCAGUUUAAGUAUAACCAGUCUCUUUAUUCAGUUGCAAUGGCUUUGAGAUUGUUUAUUGCUAGACAUUCUUCACCAUCUUCUCCUUUUCUUAUCACUUUCCCUUCUUCUGGUGAUACUAAUGUUGGUUAUAACCCAAUGUUUUUUCAACAAUCAGAAAAUGAAACCAUUGCAUGUCAGCCUACUCAUUCUGAAUUAGAGACCAAAGUGAAAGAAACCCAAGAAGAUGAUGAUGGGGAAACUGAGGAGGAAGGUGAAAGUGAGGAUCUUUGUGAGCAUUUUUAUGAUGAGGGUGGUGAACUUGAAAUGCCAUCACCUAAUAGGCAAUUUGGUUGGGAUUUUUUUUAUGCUUUUGAUGAAGUGAGGCCAGACAUGUUUAAUGGGUUUGGCCAAAAUUUUGAUGAGGAUUUGAGAGCUGUGAGGGAGAAGGAAGGGAUUCCUGACUUGGAAGAUGAUGGGGAUAAAAUGAUGAGUGGAGAUAAAAAUGUGAGAAAUGGUGAUGUGAGUCUUAAGGAAAGUGGAAUUGCUAAUGCUAGAAGUGAAAAUCACAAGAAUUUAGAGCAAAAGGAGAGUAAGGGAUUGAGAGUGAAUGAUGGUAGGGAAUUGUUGGAAGCAUUGAAAGAUGUUGAAGAUCAUUUGUUAAGGUGUUAUGAUUCUGGUUUGGAUAUUUCAAGGAUGUUAGAGGCCAACAGAGUUCCAUUGCAAUCUGGUUUAGAGGAAAUUAAAGAGAGCUCAAAUAAGCUCAUCAGAUCAAUAACGUUUAAUCGAUCAACAUCAUCGAGGUCUUCCUCCAGCAAAAGUCUCCUCACAUCUACUUCGACUAAUUCUUCGGUGUGGACAGAUUUCAAGGCUGAGCUAUUUGAUGACUUUGGUCUGGAAGCAGGCAGCCACUCGUUGACUCUAGGGAGGUUGUACGCUUGGGAGAAGAAGCUCUACGAGGAGGUGAAGACUGGAGAUCAGACAAGAAAAAUGUAUGAGCGGAAAUGCUCUCGCCUGAGACGCGCGGAUACCACACGGAAUGGAUUUCCUUCCCUAGAUAAAUCUACAAUUGAAAUAAAAGAAUUACAAUCCAGGAUCUCUGUUGCAAUAAGAAGUGUAGAGUCAAUCUCUGACAGGAUACAGAAAUUGAGAGAUGAAGAGUUGCAGCCGCAACUCCUUGAGCUGCUCCAUGGUCUAAUGAGAAACUGGAAGAUGAUGCUGGAAUCACAUGAAACACAAAGUCGAAUCAUGCUUGAAGUGAAAUCCUUCAACUGUCCAGCUUAUGGAAAGUUCUCGAAUGAGUCUCAUCGUCUUGCCACUCUUCAGCUUGAGGCAGAAAUUGAUAAUUGGCACAUGUGCUUUGCAGCAUAUGUACCUUCGCAGAAAGCUUAUAUUGACGCUAUGAGCAGUUGGCUUUCUAAGUUCAUUGCUCCUGAAGUUGAAUUCUACUCAGGUGGAAAGUACUCACUCGCACCUUGUAGAACUAGUGGCCCACCAUUAUUAGUAACUUGUCAUGGCUGGUUGGCUUGGAUGGAUACCUUGCCAGAAAACGCUGUAACAUAUGCUAUGAAAAGCUUUGGGAAGGACAUCCAUGCCCUGUGGUAUCAACAAGGAAAAGAGAAACAGCUGAAGAGGAAAGUUGACGGCCUAGCCAAAGAACUUGACCGAAGAGCUGUGGCAUUUCAAAGAGCAGAGAGAAAGAUUCUUAUGACCAAGUUAUCUGAGCAGGAAACAGAGGUUAGCGUGAGUAAUCGCUUAGAGUACUUGACAGAGGGAAAAAUUCUAUUGGAUAUGUUCAGGAAGAGGCUAGAUGAAGAGAAAGAAAAGCACCUGAACAGCAUGCAGGAGACACAACAAAUCACUAUAAGCAGUUUUCAAACAGGAUUUUCGUCAGUGUUCGAGUCGCUAGCCGAGUUUUCUAAAGCAUCUGUCAAAAUGUAUGCUGAUCUUGUAACAUACAGUGCUAAUGCAAAGACAGCUGUGGGAACUGAUAGCAACGUAUCUUAUAUAGAUGGCUUGUUCUCUUAGGUUCAGUGUCGAAUAGAAAGCAGAUUAUUCUUUGAGAAUCUCAAUUCUUGGUUAGUACUCAGUAGAUAAGUGGUGUAUAUAGUGAGAAUCUGACAAAGCAAACUCUCUUCUAUAUUUAUGUCAAAGUUUAUAGCAGUCUCUUCAAUGCAGGUAUUUGCAUUUUAUUACAA